UAGGACCUUUCCCCAUUCCCCUUAUAUUAGCCAUUCUAAUCGCCAAAAACUCGCCGACGAUGAGAGCUCCGAUCGCGGAGAAGCCCCUGUUUCCUGGCGUCGCCGCAGCCACCCUCAUCGCCGGCGCCUCCUCAUCUCCGCUUCCUCCGAGGCGGACCGCUCCCUCCUAUCCUCUGUUCUCGCCGGCGGUGACCGGACCCAUCUCCGACGAUCCCACAUCCGCCGUCUCCACUACGCACGUCGUCGAUAACCCCCCAGCAUCCGCUCAGAGAUCAGCCUCUCCUAUCGCGUGCUCCGCCAAGCGCUCCCCCUGCAACUUCCUCGUCUUCGGCCUUGGCCACGACUCGCUGAUGUGGCACUCCUUCAACCUCGCCGGGACCACCAUCUUCCUCGAGGAGGACCCCAAGUGGGUCCGCUCCGUCCUCAAGGACGCGCCGAUGCUCGAAGCCCACACGGUCAAGUACAAAACCCAGCUCGUCCAAGCCAACGAUCUGCUGAAAUCAUGGCGGAAAAAUGAAAAUUGCCUGCCGGAGCAGGCUAGGCUCAAAGGGAACCGCGGGUGCAAGCUAGCGCUGUCGGAUCUGCCGGAAAAAGUUUACGGGAGGGAGUGGGACGUGAUAAUGAUCGAUGCUCCGCGGGGAUACUUCAACGAGGCCCCGGGGAGGAUGGGGGCCAUAGCCGCGGUGAUGGCGAGGAGCCGGAAGGGGGCGGGGCCCACCGACGUUUUCCUGCAUGACGUGGACAGGAGGGUUGAGAAGAUGUUCGCGACGGAGUUUUUGUGCAAAAAGAAUUUGGUUGAGGGGUCUGGGAGAUUGUGGCAUUUUAGGAUUUGGCCCGUGGGGGGUGGGAAUGGUAAUGUGAGUGAGAGUUCGGGAGGUUUUUGUUAAUUUUGGAGUUUUUGGGGAGGUGGUUUUUAUUAGAGUAAAUUUUGCGGGGGGUUGGAUGGGAGCAGGAACGAGGUAGUGGGCUUUUCCUGUGAGGAUUUUUGGGCUUCGCGUUGCAGAGAUGACACAGUAUGGAGAUGGAAAUAAUAAUAAUAAUACUUGGGUUCAGAUGGUAAAUUUAGUUUGCUAGAGGGUUGGACUGAAUAGCUAUGUAAUCUUUUUACAUGUUGUGUUUUUACUCUGCAUUUGAAUUUUAGGAGUUUUAAA